AUGCCUCCCCAACUACUCCCGGCCUCGGCAGCAGCGUUUGCUCCCAGAGCUUCCUCUGUCAACGUCGUUCUAGGAUCCAAGGUGGAACCGUGGCUGACCCAGACGUUAAAGCGCAUCAACCGGAUCAAGCGCCCGCUCAACAGUGUCCCGCAGCAUCAGAGGUGUCUCACGGAAACGCUCUCCUCGUCAAACGCGAUAUGGACCCUCACGUCUCUGAUGCUGGCCAAGGCGCCGGAUGCCGACCUGAGGCAGGACAACAACCCCCUCGUGGAAGCCCUCUUCAACUACCAGCUCAUCCACGUCGAGGCCUACAUCGUCCAUGUCGACAUGGUGCUGCGCAACGAGGUCGCAUAUAAGCUGACUCCGGACACGAUAGAGUCACUGAUUGAGUACCACAAGGAUAUCCAUUGCGCCAACGCCAAGGCCAACACGUACGACUGGACGGGCAAGGAACAGCAGUGCAAGAAGCUCCACGAAGACUUCGUCCAGGCGAUCAACAAGUUCGUCUUCCGGACCCACGUCUCCGCUCUCGAGGGCUUGGAAGAGGACGGCGCCGGCGAGCUGCUGUGCGGAAAGAGCGAGGAGGUCAAGAACAACAUCAUGGGCCUGCUCAAGCCGCUAUUACCACCACCGCCCAAGAUCGUCAAUGUGGUGCACCAACCGCCGCUCCUACCCAGCUCUCCCGCAAACGCCAGCAUGUGGACCCAGGCCGCGACGACCUCGUCGCUCCCGGCGCCUGUAGAGGCAUGGAGAGUCCUCCCGUCGAGCCCCAGCGUGACGUCGACAUCCGCAGACUCCAACACCGCCUCCAUGUGGGCUAGCAUGGCAAUGACCGAGGUUCAACUUCCGUCACCCACUCCGUCGUACAGCCAGCCCUUCUCAACAGCAGGCUUCUUCUACACGUCGUCGCCUGUGGUGACAGCCCCCAUCCCGCAGCUGCCGCUGCCGAGCAUGCUGAUGCCUCAGUGCGGCGUGGCUGUCGGAAAUGGCGGGUUCGGCGGGUUCGGCUGGGAUCGCUAUCAGGAGUACACCUCAACCAUGUGA